UCAGAGAAUCACCUCAGCUGUACCAUGAGCCGUGUUCGGGAUGCUGGCUGUGUUGCUGCAGGGAUAGUGCUUGGGGCUGGUGCCUGGUACUGUGUGUACAAAUAUGCAAGGGGAAGAGAUCAGAAGAAGAGGAAAAUGGUCAAGGCCAAGCCCAAGGCCAUGGCCAGGACUGGAGCCAAGGCUAGAGCUGGGCUAAAGGCAGGAUUCCCAAUCGAUCUUGGGCUGGGAUUCGGUCUUCCAACCCCAGUGUUGACUGGGGCAGAGGACAGGGUCCAGGCUGAAGCCUCUGCACUGAACUCUGCUGAAGCUGAGGCAGUGGUCCCAGCCAGUGUUGAGGUUCAGAGUGGGGCAGGAAGUCAGGCCCAGGAAAUUGACGGGGCCAGAGUUGGAUCAGCAGCUGCAACCGCAGUGCCUUCUGUAAUGGCACCACUUCCCAAGGAGGCAGUGGUCCCCAAAUUGGCACAAGCCCCUAGUGCAGCACUUCCGGAAGCAGCAGAAGCUGUGAGGGCGACGGAGGCUCCAAUGGCAGCAGAGCCUACAGAGAUUACGGAGGCUCCCAAGGUGGCAGUACCUACUGAGGUGACAGAAGCUCCUGGUAUGGGAGAGUCUACCAGGGCGGCAGUGCCUACCAGGGCUGCAGAGGCUCCAGGGACUUCUGGAGCUUCUAGAACAGCUGCAGCUCCAGGAACAUCAACAGCUAAGAGAGCCACCCCUGGGGCACACACUGGUGCUAUACCUAAGGCCGGGUCAGCAACUGGAGCGGUUCCCAAAGGUGGGGUUAAGGGUGGAACCAAGUCCCGUACAGGAAGCAAAGGCAAGGGCAAGAAAAACAAAACUGAAGUAGAUGAAUUGGGAUUGGGCUUCCGCCCUGGGGAUGGGGUGGCAGUAGCUGCUGCAGCCUCAGCUAAUGGGGGACAAGCUUUCCUGGCAGAGAUCCCUGAUUCUGAGGAAGGGGAGUCCGGAUGGACUGAUACAGAGUCCGAGUCAGACUCUGAGCCUGAGACCCAGCACAGGGGAAGGGGGAAGAGACCUGUUCCCGUGCAGAAGCGUCCCUUUCCUUAUGAAAUUGAUGAGAUCCUGGGUGCACGUGACCUCAGGAAAGUCCUUACCUUGCUUCAGAAAACGGAUGAUCCUUUCAUCCAACAGGUAGCUCUGCUCACCCUAAGCAAUAAUGCCAACUAUUCAUGCAACCAAGAUACAAUUCGCAAAUUGGGAGGCCUCCCGAUUAUUGCAAACAUGAUCAACAAAACCAAUCCCCACAUUAAGGAAAAAGCUUUAAUGGUUAUGAAUAACCUGAGCGAGAAUUAUGAAAAUCAGGGCCGGCUUCAGGUAUACAUGAAUAAAGUGAUGGAUGAUAUCAUGGCCUCUAAUCUGAACUCAGCGGUACAGGUAGUUGGGCUAAAGUUUUUAACAAACAUGACUAUUACUAACGACUACCAGCACCUGCUUGUCAAUUCCAUUGCAAACUUUUUCCGUUUGUUAUCUCAGGGAGGUGGAAAAAUCAAGGUUGAGAUUUUGAAAAUACUGUCGAAUUUUGCUGAAAAUCCUGAUAUGCUCAAAAAGCUGCUCAGUACCCAAGUGCCAGCAUCCUUUAGUUCACUCUAUAAUUCUUAUGUGGAAUCAGAAAUUCUUAUUAAUGCCCUUACUCUAUUCGAGAUCAUCUAUGACAAUCUCAGAGCAGAAGUAUUUAACUACAGAGAAUUCAAUAAAGGUUCCCUUUUUUUCUUAUGCACUGCAUCUGGAGUGUGCGUUAAGAAAAUUCGAGCCUUAGCAAAUCACCAUGAUUUGUUGGUGAAAGUGAAAGUUAUAAAACUAGUAGAUAAAUUCUGA